AUGGGGGACACCUGCUGGCUGGCGUCCGCUUGUCCUGCCCUGCUGGAGACAGGGGACGGCUCGGGUGCAUCGCAGUUAAGGAUUGUCCUUCUCGGAGGAAGGAACUGUGGGAAGAACUCUCUGGGGAACCUGAUCCUUGGCAAAGAGGAGUUUGUCACCAAAGAGAGGACUUGUUCUUCUCGCAGGCUGGCAGUGGUGGCCGGACAUUGGCUCACGGUGGUGGACACUCCUGGAUGGUGGUGCGACUCCAGCGCUCGGGACACUUCGAAUCUCGUGAAGAGGGAGAUCGUAACCAGCGUCUCGUUGUGCUCGCCGGGCCCUCACGUCUUUCUGGUCACGGUGAAGGCGAGCUCGGUGUUCUCAGAGAGGCGCCGGAGAGCCGUGGAGGAGCACGUGGGCCUGCUGGGUGACGGGGCGUGGGACCACUGCGUGCUCGUCUUCACCUUCGCUCACAGCUUUCAGCACACGCAAGCGGAGGAGUGCGUGGAGAGAGGGGGGGAGGCCCUCCGCUGGCUCGCUGAGAAGUGCCACCAGAGGUGUCACAGCGUUGUCCUGAAUGAGAACUCCGACGUAACAGAGCUGCUGGCGAAGAUACAGAAACUCGUUACGGCGAACGGAAACAGAGUGUUUGAGAUGCAGGAAAACGUUUUACAGAUGGCAGCGGAGGAGAAGAGAGGCGUGGCCGAGAGGGCUCAGCUGAGGUUUUUAACAAUAAAACGGCACAGAUCUGUCAUGCGAGAGAAGUUACGGCCCGUCACUGCAAUCCGCCUUGUGCUGCUCGGAGCCAAGGGUUCAGGAAAGACCUCGGCGCUGAACACCAUCCUGGGCAGAGAGAACAGCCGGAGACUCGGCAGGACAGCCCAGUGUCGUGUUGGAGACGGUGUUGUGCUUGGAAGACAGGUGACCGUCGUGGACACCCCGGGCUGGUGGAUGAACUACUUCUGCAGCGAGAGUCCCCUCUUCGACAGGAGGGAGAUGGUGCUCAGCUUGUCUCUGUGUCCGCCGGGGCCUCACGUCUUUCUGCUGGUGGUCCGCGCGGACCGAGCUUUCACGGAGACGUACAGGCGAGCAGCCCAGGAGCACCUCGAGCUCAUCAGCGAGCGGGUCUGGAGCCGCGUGAACCUGCUGUUCACGUUCGGGGACUGGCUGGGGGGCACCACGACGGAGCAGCUCAUCGAGAGCGAGGGGGAGCCUCUGCGGUGGCUGGUGGAGAGAUGUUCCAACCGGUACCACGUCCUGAACAGUAAGACCAGAGGAGAUGGAUUUCAAGUCAGAGAACUGAUCGGGAAGAUCGAGGAAACGAUGUGUGGCUGCGACGGGACGUGGCAUUACGAAAUAGAGAGGGAAGAGCUGGGGGAACUGAGGAGGAGGAUGAGAGAGGAGGCAGAGAGAGCCAACGAACGACUGACGCGGAAGGAGAAGCAACGACGGCGGGCACAGGCUGAGAUGGAGAAGCUCGCCCCUCUGCAAGAGCUGAGAAUAAUACUGGUUGGUGGCAGGAAGGGAGGCAAAAGCUCAUGUGGAAACACCAUCCUCAGCAGAGACGCCUUCGCCACAGACGCCCAGACGGUCUCCUGUAGUGAAAAUCGCUGCAAAGUCAGAGGGAAGACGGUGUCUGUGGUGGACACUCCCGGAUGCUUCCCUGUAAGCGCUGAAUUUGCGGGGACUCCUUCGGCUGUCCUCCUGGUUGUCAACGCGAGCGCCGCGUUCACGGAUCUCCACCGCGAAGCCGCAGAGACACAGCUGGACGCCGGGGGGAGCCGGCUGUGGAGCAGAGCGAUGGUGUUGUUCAGCCACGGCGACUGGCUGGGAGACACCAGCAUCGAGCGACGCAUCGAGAGCGAAGGCCAGCCGCUGCAGACGCUGGUGGAGCGGUGCGGCAACAGGUACCAUGUCAUGGACAACAAGAACCAGGGGGACGGCGCUCAGGUGAGCGAGCUGGUGGAGCUGGUGGAGGAGAUGUUGGUCAUGGGGGAGGCGGAUGAUCUUUAUGGAGGUGACCGCAUGUGGAAAAGGGUUUGUUCUGCAGAGGAACAGCAGAAUGAUGCAACGCUGAGUAAGAGGAAUCUAAGGAAGAGGACGAGCAGAAGACACCGGCUGUCUCUUGACUUGGCUGAGGCUGCAACUUCCUCGUUUUAUCCGGAGGAAUUAGCGCCGACACAGGCGGUGGCUUUACCAGCAAGAAGAGCCAGAAGACAGUCAGGAUUGGUGUUCUUGGACAGCAGCAGCUUAGUGUUUCUGUCUGUGCUCGAACAAGGACGGAGCUGGUCGACGAUAGAUUUACCUUUAAGGUUCCCUUCUCCUCACAGCCUCCUGCUCUCUCCCAGACGUCAGACAACGGUGCUGGUGUCGUGUCAGGGUCGGCGCGGCGGCAUCGCCUCAGAGGACGAUUUCAUCGGCGUCCGUUCCCUUUGCCAUCCCGCCCUGAGAGAGCGGACUCUCCGCAGGUUGUCCCACUCUGGAGGCCUGCAGGCUCUUGUUGAUCAGUGGGGCCACAGCAGCCUGGACGAGCUGGAGGCCUUCAUUGACUCUUACUUUGAGAUGGUGUGGGAACAGACCAUGGGCUCGUUUCAGCCGCCCGAAUCUGACCCUCCAGCCACAGAGCAGAAUGCUGUCGACAGGCACGUUGGGGAAGAGGAGCUGCUCCUAUCCAUCGACAGGAAGCUUACGAGGCUGGAGCUCCUGGAGGAGAUCCGGAGGGAUUUGGCAGAACUGAAGCAGAACCUGGAGUGCAGCUGGGGGGAUAAACAGGAACUCAGAGACAAAAGUGAAAAGGACGAUUAGAAGGUUUGUGGCAAAGCCAUAAACAGCUGUGAUGCUUUUUAAAUAUAUUGGAUUCAUAUGUACACAC